UUGUUGCGACACACACACACAAACACCCACACACAUACAGACAGACAGACACACACACACACUCACUCUCUCCCUCCAUUAUCUCUCCCUCCCUCCCUCUCACAUAUUCACACACAGGCCAUAUGACUGAGUCAAGCUCAGUUUUUAGUUUGUAGCCGAGUUGAUAAGGCUUUCUGGGAAACGCAGCCUGUUGGAUGGCAUUCCAGUUAGAAAUAACCAUGUGGACUCAACAGCUGGGACUUUCUGUAACGCUCUAAGACUUGGAUAUAUUAAGUGAUCUCUGUAAGGUUUUCCCUGAUGGCGGUGUUAGCCCCUCGCUCGUCUGUGUUUACAUUUGAGUCUACAGUGCAUUCCUCACAUGUGCUGCGCCGUCUGGACGAGCAGCGUCGCCGGGACACGUUGUGUGACGUGACCGUGGUGGUGGACGGUCAGAGUUUCAGAGCCCACCGAUCAGUGCUCGCUUCCUGCAGCGAGUACUUUACGCACAGAAUCUCCGCGCUGGCACAGCAUGGCGCCAUCAUCACCCUGCCACAGGAGGUGACAGUUGCUGGCUUUGAGCCCUUGUUGAAGUUCGCCUACACGUCCAAACUUCUCUUUGGUAAAGAUGAUGUCCUUGAAGUGCGCAACUCCGCCUCCAUUCUUGGUUUCAGAGACCUGGAUGACGCCUGCUUUGAUUUCCUCCUCCCCAAGUUCUUUUCCAGUACGCAGGACUCUGCUACUUUUCCAAGAAAGACGUGCUGUAAAAAGAAUUGCAAGGGGCGGUCAUCAAAAGAUGACAGCGCCAUAAACUCUGACGAUAUUUUGUUGGAUGAGAAAGAAGUCAAACCAGUUGCUGACUCACCGUUUCAGCAGGAAGUGGCUUUUCUGUGUAACAAAUCUGUCAACAGCCAAAUGGGAAGUCAGAGCAGUUUGAGCACGGUUACACCUGUAGCUGAAGGGACAAGUUACCCUGUUAAUCAGGGUCCAAAGUAUCGCAAGUUCCAGCUUGCUUGUGGAAAAGAAGCUUGUUUCACUGAGAAAAGUCGGAACAGUCCAGUGACAUUAAACAAGGAUGACUGUGAGCUCUCCUGCUCUCCAUGCUCCAGCAGUGUGAACAUUAAAAAUGAAAGUGAGGCUGGACCCUCUGGAAGUUCAUUCUCAAAUCUCAUCAGACAAAGCAAAAGCGAGGCUAAUGACACAAGGAAAUGUGUCAUAGAUGGCCAGAAAGCAGAGGCUGAGGUUGAUAUCAUUAAGAGAGAAGCAGAAGAAGUGCAGGGAAAAUGGAGUGAAAAUAAAAUGGAUGUGGAUGUAGAGGAAGACACAGGCUUUUCAGACCUACCACCACUUGCCUCAGGGCUAAGUACAGCGCCCUGUGAGGGGUCAUCUGGGUUAAUAUUGCACCAUUGCCCCUUGAAGACCCUCAGUGACCCUGCAAUCACUGGGUCACCGGGGCACAAGAGGUUCAGCAUGGUCAUUACAGAGGACAUUAAAACAAGGGGCGCUGGUGCACAAGUGUCCAUUCCUCAUGAGGUUGAAGAAGAGAGGUUGGCAAAGCAGGAAAAGGCAAAUGAUGGGAUAGAGGGAGGACUAAACUGCAGCAUGGAGAGGGCAGCCAUGUCUGUAAGUAACGCUAGAGAAAGAAGUGCCGUGGAAAGAGAGGUGGCGGAGCACCUUGCCAAACGACUUGGGUCAGACGGAUCCACAAACUUCCAGGACCUCAACGCAAGAAGCUCCUCCGACUCAAGGAGCGUACAAGGGGGGCAGAGUGCAUCUUUAGAGAGGCUCCACGUCAACCUCAGCUCCUCCACAAGCACCAGCUGCCCCUUUUUCAUAGAUCUGGAAAGCAACAAAUGUUUGUGGAAAGGUGCAGAGCUGUCCGAGUGUGAGGGGACGUCUCAGUCAGGAGUAUCAUCUUUUAACUCGGGGGAUGACGGAGACUCAGAGACGGAGACAGAGGGAGACAGUGAGGCCUUCACACAAGAGAGGGCCAGACAGAUGCAGUUGCCCUUCUCUGUUGACUGGAUCGUGGAUCUGAGCAGAAAUGACUUCCAGCAGCUCCUGAAGCAGCAGGUGUUAACACACGAACAGCUGGAGUUUGUCCACGAUAUGAGACGGCGCAGCAAGAAUCGCCUCGCAGCUCAGCGGUGCCGCAAAAGGAAGCUCGACUGCAUUCAUAACCUGCAGUGUGAAAUCAACAAGCUGAGGACAGAGAGGGAGAAACUGAUGACAGAGAGGAGCCACCUGAGCCAGCUCAAGCUGACAACGUGUCACAACGUCUCCUCCUUGUGCCAGAAGGUGUGCAACGAAGCUAACCUGCAGCCAGAUCAGCUCCAAGUGUUAACCAAAUACACCUCCCCAGACUGCCCUCUGUCCUCCUUCUCACCUCACAUAGACGCACUCCUUUCACAGUCACCUCUGUUGACCUCUUCUGUGGGCUCUCAUCAGUACACGGCAUCAGAGGGGGGUUUGCCGAGCUCCAGCAGGGACACAGUUACAGGAGACGGUCGGCAACAGCUGUAGAGAUACAUGAAUCACAAAUAAUGCAACAAUCACUGAGUCUGGAUGAUGCCGUCGAACAUAUGAAACCAAAAACUUCCUCCUUGUAUCAUACUGUAACUGAAGGAAUAACCACAGACUCUUCACUGAGUAAUGGGGAUUACUAGCAGCACAUUUUGUAUAAACUCCUGCUCCUUUUUCAGUUUUAAAAAUAACACAGGGAUACAUUCCAGGUGACCGAAACCAUUCAGUUUACUUCUCUUAUCAUUUUAAGUCUCGAUGACCUCAUGUAGCGUGUUUGCUGCUUUACAAAUCGCCUGACAGCUCAUUUUGUGGUUAAAGGCGAGUACCUCUUCACAAAUGAAUGCCGCCAUAUUGAAUGUUGGAAAAAUCAAAAUCGUAGCUCAAGACAAUCACAACUUUAAUCACACAUCAUGAACAACGAUCUUUAAAUAUUUACUGCGCUCCACUGCUUUGUAACCUCAGGACAACAAACUCACACUCGUGCACAUUUUCUUUCUUCUAUUUUUUCAUGAACAACUUUUAAUACAGUUUGAACAGUGAGGUUCUCAGGUCAUAACAGGAAAAUACAGCACACACAUAUUACCUCUUGCAAACAGUGUUUGGUUCAAAACAGCUUACGACAACAGAAAGACUUGACUCAGCACGUGAUGCUUACCUUCUGACUGUCAUAUUUCAAGCAGUCAUUGUGGCUGCCUGACCACAGUGACACAGCUCUUCUCUGUUGCACACACAACUCUUGGAGCUUUACUUUCCUCACAAAAACAGACCUCACAAGCUAACCUUAAUAUGUGUAAUGUACUGUGUAAAGAAAGCACACCACAGGCUUUUGUACAUGAACAAAGCACACAUGUCUGUUCUUU